CAUCAGCUUUUACAAUAAUGUCACAAUGCAUUGUUGCGUUUUAAAUACGUAUUUAAAACCAUGAUUGCGACAUAUGAAUGGUCUUUAACCAUAAAAAUAGUAUUUUAUAUUAGCAAUUUUGAUAUCUCUCCGUUUCUUUUACAAUCGAAUGAAAAAUACACCAGCACUAUAUAUAUAUAAAUAGAUAAUUUUAUCAUUAGGGUUACGUCAUUAACAAAUAACAAGUAUCGAAAGUGAAUUUGAUUCCCUUAAAUUUGUUCAGAGAAGAAAAAUGGUUCGUGCGUGGUAUAUGGAUAAUACUGAUGCCGAUCAGCGCUUGGAACACCAUAGAGAACCACCUGAAUAUAUUUCCCUCGAAAACUUGUUCAAAAGGACAGGGGUUGAAUACUUUAAGAUUGAUCAUAAAAAUUACGAAUAUGAUGGCACAUUAACAAAAUUGAAAAAAGAACGCGGUUACACUUAUGAAGAGAAAUAGAAUGUUCUAGAAUGUCUUCCAAACUAUGAAGAAAAUUGAAAAAUUUUUUUACCGAACAUCUUCCACACCGAUGAAGAAAUAAGACUAGUAUUGGAUGGAUCGGGAUAUUUUGAUUGUCCGAGAUAAGGAUGAUCAAGGAUACGUAUCGAAGUUAAACCCGGAGAUUUAAUCAUUAUUCCUAGUGGUAUAUACCAUAGAUUCACUUUAGACAUUAAUAAUUACAUAAAAGCAAAACGUUACUUUGUGGGAGAACCUAUUUGGUUACCCUAUAACAGACCAGUCGACGAUAUGGAGUGUCGUAAAAAUUACUCUUAAUCGUUAAACAACAAAUUUCAGAGCUACUCAAUUUAAUAGUUGUAAUAUUACAGUGAGAUUAGCAUGAUACAGAAUUCUAAUGUUUAGAAUUACAUUCCACAAUAUUGCAGAACACAAGUCUUCCAAUAAAUUGUGCAGCUGAAAUAUUUGAUGUUUACAAUUUCUAUGUAUAAAGUUGAUAAAACACAUUUUACGUAUAAAAUUGACUAAAAAAGACAUAUUUUUCAUGCAUAAAUUUGUUAUAUUAUAUCAAUAAAUUUAAUAGGAGAAA